AUGGUCUGUAUAUUCUUGCCGGAGUCACCGAGUUUUUUGGUAUCUAAAGGACGUUACGACGAAUGCAGGAAGGUUUUCCACUGGCUUAGAAGUGCUGAUGAAAACGAAGAACUCGAGAAGAUGAUCAAGAGUCACACGAUGGCCAAAACGACUAAGGAGGAUCACGAACGUCAAUUGUCAAAGUUGAUUUGGGAUAAAUCGUGUUCCUCAUGUCUGAGGGUCGUGACCACCAUCACUGACGCUCACACGUUCAAGGUAAUUACCUCACUUGAUGUCCUGAGACUUGUAGCAGCUCUGUUAUCAGUUUACAUAUUCAGCAGAAUGAAGAGACGGUCAGUGCUUCUAACAUUCGUUUCCUUGAAUAUUUUCGUAAAUCUAUGCGUAAGUUGUUACAUCUAUACUAGACGACGCGGUCUUCUUCCUUUCGAUCACAUGGCGAUAGGAAUAUUGUUGCUUCAUUGCCUUUACUUCGUUGUAGGAGCUGGAGUCAUGCCUUUAAUGGCCACAGUUUCUGGCGAAAUAUUUCCGUUGGCAGACAGGGGCUUCUGUUUGGUAGUGAACAAGAUGUUUAGUUCAUUAUUCAUGUUUGGGGACAUUAAAUCGGCUCCAUACUUAGUUUCGUUAAUGGGUGUGGAGGGAACGUUUUUUUUGUAUGCCUUAAUUCUUUUUUAUGGUCUAAUUGUUGCCUUCGUUAUGUUGCCGGAGACUAAAGAUAAAACACUCCAAGAGGUCGAAGAUGAGAUCAGGGGAUAUAGUAUUUACGGUGACAGCGAAGAAACAUUUGCGAUGAAGAGUAGCGAAGUGAACAGUGAUGAAAAUUAACUGUGAUAAUAUCAUAUUAUAAAUAUUUUUAUUGUAUAAUAUAAUCAUUUAUUUUUAUCUCCUAGAAUAAUUAAUAACGAUUAAACUGUAAUGUAGUAACAUUAUUAAUUAAAGAAAUAAAAUAUUUGUUACAUUAAA